GUCGCAACAGGAAUGUGCACGCAAUAAAAUUAUUUCUCCCUCAAAAGCGGAAACUAAGCCGUGCGUGCUUAUUGAUCAUUUGAAUGUGCUAGAAAUUAGCUUGGGCAGCUCAACAUUGCAGUGUGGUGCAACUCCUGAUGCGGAGAACAAGUAAACGGGCUCUAAAGUUCAUGGUUUAUAAUGGCGCUCAAUGGAAACGAAUCGCCGAUUUUGUCUCCAGCCUGCCUCUCAAAUGAAGACGAGUUGAUAAUUGAAAAGAGAAUUGGCAAGGGUCAGUUUAGCGAGGUCUUCAGGGCUAGAAUUCUUGCGUCUGGUCAGAGAAUUGCCCUCAAGAAAGUGAGAAUCAUUGAACUGGCCGACUCGAAGGCCAGAGCUGACUGUCUGAAAGAAAUUUCUCUGCUGCAGCGUCUCAGCCACCCAAAUGUAGUCCGCUACAUGGGCUCAUGGGUGGCAAACCUAGAGCUGUUCAUUGCCCUGGAGUUAGCCGACGCUGGAGACCUUUCUGCCAUGAUCAAGCAUUUCAGAGAGAAAGAAAAGAUGAUUCCAGAGCCCUCCAUCUGGAAAUUCUUUGUUCAGAUCAGUGCUGGAGUAAAUCAUUUGCACGAGAAAAGGAUCAUGCACAGAGACAUAAAGCCUGCCAACAUUUUGGUCACGGCAGAAGGCAAAGUGAAGUUGGGCGAUUUUGGGCUGGGGCGCUACUUCAGUGCCCAAACUAUGUCUGCUCAUUCUCUUCUUGGGACUCCUUUCUACAUGAGCCCAGAACGGCUGAGAGAGGAAAGCUACAAUUUUGCCAGCGAUGUCUGGUCUUUGGGUUGCAUACUUUACGAGAUGGCUGCUCUUGUUUCUCCCUUCUACUCUCCAACAAUAAACUUGCAGAACCUGUGCGAGAGAAUCCAACGAGCCAUGUAUCCUCCGAUAGAAUCGGAAGUCUUCUCUGAUGAACUACAUAACUUGUGCUACUGCUGUUUAAACAUCAGCCCUGACGACCGACCGACAACAGCAGAAGUCUUGAAUUUUGCCACCGAGAUGCAUCAUCGGACUCUCCCAAACAAUGAGACACCAGAAGUAUGAGCUUUUCAGAAUUUGGGUCCAUAUUUUAGUUUUAACCUUUUUAAAAUUUCUAUAUUGCUAAAUUGCCAACGCAUUUGACGCCAACGAUUGUUUCAAAAA